GUGUCAAGAUGAGAUUUAUUAAUCAUGAAAAAUGUGAUUUAUAUGAUGACAAUGGCGCUCCUACAUCUGUUGCUAUUGAUCAAAGAGUUGAAUUUCACUUUAAUGCUAUGUUAGAUGCAGUUGCACAAUGGCGAAAAGGACAGAUACAUGAUAUAAAUUUAUAUGAUAAACUAUUAGAAAUGCACAACACUUUUCUUGAAGAAACUGCUUUAAAAUUUACUGAUAAAGAAGAAAAUUUAUUGCAAUUUCAUAUUAGCAAUUUAGAAUAUGCAUGUGGAAGUAAUCUUCAUUUUGUAUCUGCUCUUCAUUGGGAUCAUAAUGAUGUUUAUCCUCAGUUUGCUGGAGAUCACACUAUUCUUCAGUGUGGCUACAUGACAUUAUUAGAAAGAUUAAUUAAUGGGUUAAAUAUAUCUUUCAAGAAAACAAUUAAAAAAAUUGAUUAUUCUGAAGAUAAUGUUAAAAUUACCACUGAAGAAGGAGAGCAAUUCACUGCUUCUAAAGUUUUAGUUACUAUUCCUUUAGCAGUAUUGCAAAAAGAACAAAUUGAAUUUGUUCCACCUCUUCCACAAAAAAAGACUUGGGCCUUAAGGAAUUUAGGUGCUGGAUUAAUUGAAAAGAUUGUUCUUCAAUUUCCAGUGAGAUUUUGGGAUAAAAAAAUUCAAGAUGCCGAUUUUUUUGGUCAUAUCCCAACAUCUGCUGAAAAACGUGGUCUUUUUUCAGUAUUUUAUGAUCUUUCCCCUCAAAAUAAAACUCUGGAUGGAAACUGUCAUGUUUUAAUGUCAUAUGUUAGUGGUGAUAUGGUGUCAUAUAUAUCAGAUAAAAGUGACUCUGAAAUUAUGGAAAUGUGUAUGGAAAUAUUAAGAUCAGUAUUUAAUGAGGAAAAUGUCCCUGAUCCAACAGCGUGGUUUGUGACAAAUUGGAGAAAUGAUCCAUAUUCACAUAUGGCUUAUAGUUAUAUAUGCACUGGUGGAAGUGGAGAUGCUUAUGACUUCUUAGCUGAAGAGUUAGAUGAAAAAUUAUAUUUUGCUGGUGAAGCUACAAACAGACAAUUUCCACAAACUGCAACAGGUGCUUACUUAAGCGGGCUGAGAGAAGCGGAUAAAAUAAUCCAUCAUAUUUACGAGAAAAGUAUUCGGAUGAAGUCAUGAUCCGCAGACAUUAAAUUUCUGUAAUUUAUAUACAGUCAGGUUUACUGUGAUAAUGUUGACAGUAUGAAUGAGUAUAAACAUUUUUCUGUGUGUUACUGUUAGAUGUCUUUUAGAAUAGAGAUAUCUAAGAUAAUGAUUCUCAUUCCAAAUAUUAAUUCCCACAAUAUAGGUUAUUUAUGUAUUAUAAUUUCAAAUAGUAAUGAAGUGUUUCCAUCCAGUACAUAUAUAUAAUGUAUUGGAUGAAAUCUUUCUGUAUUGAAAAAAAGAAAAAUCUGUAUCAUUUUAUGUAAAUAAUAAUUAUCUUCCAUGUAGCAAAGUAAUUUCUAAUCAAUGUCCAUAAAUUUUGCAAUAAUAAAGUGAUAAAAUUUUGGAAAAUGUUAAAUCAAGAUUUAUAUAAAAUCUUGUACUUAAACUGUAUUAUUUUCUUUUAUUAUUUGCAGAAAAGUGAUUGGCAUGAAUCUGUUGUAAGAAAGUGUAUAUUUCUAUAAAUUGUAUUUUUCAUAUAUUUUGUAAUUCUUUUAGUAUUGUAUUUAAGAAUGAUUUAUGAAUGUCUUUUUCUAAAAAAUUAAUUUUAUGAAUAGUACCAGUAAAUUUCAAGGUAGAUCACAAGUUUAAGAAAUUACUUUUCAAAGACGAAAAUUAAAAAAAAAAAUUGAAUGCAUGUAUUAAUUUUUGAUAAAAAUAAUUC